AUGUCUGAAAGCCUUGUUUUCAUUACCGGAGCCACUGGCUACAUUGGAACUCACCUUGUUGGUGAUGUCCUCAAAGCCGGUCACCGUGUUCGUGUCGCGGUGAGGAGCCAGGAAAAGUCUCAGUUAAUUAAGGAGCUGUAUCCUUCUGCUGCGGAUAAGAUCGAAUAUGCCGUCGUACCGGAUAUGUCACAGCCCUCUGCUUAUCAAGAUGCUCUGAAGGGUGUCAGCUAUGUUUUCCACCUGGCUGGAGCAAUGGUCGACAAGGGAGUAGAGCUGGAAAGAGACUUUGUUGAUCCUGCGGUCAAUGGAACCUUGUCGAUUCUUGAGUCUGCCAAAAAGGAACCCAGCAUUCGAAAAGUUGCCAUUGUGUCGUCCUUUUUGUCUUUGAUGCCCAUGGAUGGCGUUAUGCGCAAUCCCUUCCACAUUAAGGCCAAUACCGGCGAAAAGUUCGCUGUCGAUUAUAAAAUGGCUUUCCCUGAGGGCUUACCUGGCCAGCUUCUCAAGUACCAGACAGGCAAAAUCGUUGCCCACCAAGCUUACCGCGACUGGAUCCAGAAGGAGAACCCCAAGUUUACUGUUGUGAGCGUUCAUCCUUCUCAGGUCUUUGGACCUAGCCUGGUGCAAAAAUCUUCGAGCGAGCUCAGCGGAGUGAAUUUCCUUAUGUGGAUGACUCUGCAGUCGGAUGCUCCGUUGACACCUUACCUGAUGGUGGAUGUUCGCGACGUCUCACUCGCACUGGCACGAAUCAUUGAUGCCGAUGUUCCCUCUGGAACUGAGCUGCCCAUUACUGGUCCUCUUUACACCUGGAAGCAGUACGCCAGCUUUAUCAACUCGAAAUAUCCUUCUUUGGCCAUCAAGUUUGCGCCUCAGGAGGAGCCAACCAUGACCAUGGAUAGGGAUGUUACAGACAAGUAUCUCAAGGUGAACUGGACUUCACCGGAAGAGACUAUCACUGCCUUUGUUGAUCAGCAAAUUGCAUUGUCAUAA